UUUGCCAGUGUAUUCACUAAUGAGAUACUAACUGACGACCAUAUUAACCAGGCUGCCAGGAACGUUCCAAUAAAUGAUCAAACGCUGGAUGCAAUUGAUGUUAAAUGCUGAGAUGAUUUCUAAGGCCGCGACUCUGCUCAAGUCAUCCUUCAAUCCUGGACCUGAUGGAGUUCCAUCUGUAUUUUUGAAGAGACAUAUUGCUAGCUUGUUAAUUCCGCUUCAUCGCCUGUUCCGCAUGCCUCUCUCCAGUGGCCUAUUUCCAUCCUGCUGGAAAUUUGCGCACAUGUUUCCCGUCCACAAAAAAAGGAAGGAAACGAGCUGUGGAUAACUAUAGAGGAAUUACAUCGUUAAGUGCCGUUUCGAAGCUAUUCGAGCUAGUGAUUAUGUGAUGGAGAAGUAACCGAUGAAUUAGCUACAAGCUGUAGCAUGCCAUGAUAAUAUGUAGUAACGAAUAAAUUUAGUUUUUCAAUUCAUCAAUCACACCAAGCAGACCUAUUAACCUCAAUUGUCCCAUUAGGUUAUGGGUCCAGACAGUUGCUAUAGAAACGGCUCUGUUUGGUGAAGAAGAAAAAAUUUCCAAUUAGAAGCAAGAAAUUUUUGAAGAUAAUUGAUGGCGGAGGCUUCGAGAUAACCGAAGAGCCCCGGCUAACGGACGAAUGCCAGGAAGUUCAGUUUCGUUGCCGGUUAGAGAGAUUCUAGGCGACGCGGAGAACUACAGCUCCUGGUCCUUAGCGACCAAGAUGAUCCUGAUCAAGGAACGAACGUGGUGCGCAGUGAAGGACCAGCAGGAGGGCGAUCCGGAGGUUAGUGAAGAUGUUUCCGAGCAAGCUUUGGCCACGAUAUGCUUGAGCAUCGAUCCCAAGAUUUAUGGGCUGGUGCGCAACGAAAAAUCCGCGAAAGAGGCUUGGGACAGUCUGCGGAAUACGUACGAGCACAGUGGUUCCACCAGGAAAAUUGGACUGCUGAGAAGGCAUACGGGGAUCCGGCUGGUUGGUGCUGAACGCGAUGAGGACAUCAUGUGCCAAACGACGCAGGAGUACGUGAACGAACUUUUUACGACAAGUCACCAGCUAUCGGAGGUCGGUUUCGAAGUCGACGAUACUUGGCUGACGAGUCAGCUGAUGAAGGGUCUACCGAAGCAGUACGAACCGAUGAUCCUGGGAUUGGAGUCGUCGGGUUUGAAGCUUACGGCGGACGUUGUCAAGAUGUGAAGAUCAGCAAGACGCCAAGCGAAGAUGGAGCAUUCCACACAAAAACGGAACAGUAGAAACCUACCGAUCAAUCGAGCGUGAAGUGCUUUCGGGGCAAGAAGUUGGGACACUAUGCGUCGCAAUGCCAGAAUAAAGCCAGUUAAAGGAAGGAAACCCGUUGGAAACAUAGUGGCCAUGUUGCAUUUUUCUCGGCGUUUAAUACGGUCGACCAAGGACGAUGUUGACUGGAUUUUUGAUUCCGGAGCUACAACACAUCUGUGCCGGAACAAGGACCAUCUGAAGGCUGCAGAGGAUGUGUCAGCAAGCAUCAACGUUGCGAAUGGCACUGCAGCUGCUGUUGUUGCCAAGGGCGCCGUCAAUUUGGAAGCAGACAUUGGAGGUACGUCUUGUGAAAUCACAAUUAGUAAUGUUCUGCGCGUUCCAGAUUUGGGUAUCAGGUCAUGUUCGACAAAGACUCUUUUUAAGUUGUCAGCACUACGAACGAAGUUGUGGCGAUCGGACAGUAUUCGGAUGGACUCUACAAGUUGGCGUUGGCUAAAAGUUCAUCAGUUCACUUGGCUCGAGGGCAGAACAGCUUCCAACUAUGGCAUCAGCGGAUGGGGCACCUAUCGGCUGGCUGCAUGAGGAGACUCAGAAGUAUGGUAACUGGAAUGGAGUUUGAGGAUACAAAUUCCUUUCAAUGUGUGCCGUGUAUCCAAGGCAAGCACCAACGACAGGCGAAGGGUCACAGGACUGAACUGGGAUACAAACCAGUGGGCGAGAGUACUAUUUACAGACGAGUCCAAAUUCGACCUAUUGGGCAAUAAACGGCGAGUCUUGUCGCGGAUGCCUAGGGUGUGCAAGACGGUGAUAAAUAUGAAUGGAGCAUAUUUCGAGGAAUCUAAAAUCUGAUUGGUUCAAAUAAAAAUGGUUUAAACGAUCCUAGAGUAAAUUUAAGCUGUACAAGAAACUUGUAUUCUGAUUGAAUCCGAAAUAAUUUUUAACUUUUUUAGAAUUAUUUAGCAUUUCGGUAUUUCCUAA